ACCCGUUUUAAAAUUUUGCAGCGGGGAUGAAGAGGAGAAAUCGUUAAUCUAGAAGCCCUUUUCUUGUUUUUCACCACCAUACACGUAUGGGAAAAGCUGUCUACCAAACAACGUUGGGGGGUUCGUUUCUCCCGCGAGUUUCAACUGCCGAAAUCAUAGUACAGCCCAUUUGUCUCCUCCUCACAUCUCUUUUCUCCUUCUCUUUAGCCUCAUCUGUCUCUCUGUCUCAGCUUCCGUUGAACCAUUUUUUUAUUCUUCGUGUGUUCCCUGUUUUCCCUUUCCAUUCUUUUUUUCCCUUAAGACUUUUACAAAUGAUCGAUAUUAUCAUGUCUGCUCGUCGUUCCCUCAUUUAUAUGGCCCGUUUCUAGGGCAUUUUCCAUUUCCAAAUUUAUUUUAGAUGUUGAUAUAUGUAGCUCCGACGCCACCAUGCAAAUGGGGUUUCGUUGUUCCAUGGAAAUCCUCAAAUGGGAUAGUCUGAUGCUUCUUGUUCUGCCAGCCAUCGGCUAAAAUUUUCAUUUCUCUUUAUAUUUCAACCACUUCUUUUUUGUGGGAGUAGACACAUUUUGUGAGUGGUAUUUACCAAUUUGAGCAUUUCUCAAGGUUUUACUUAAAGGGAUGGGAAGGGUGAAGUUGAAGAUACAGAGACUGGAGAGCCUGAGCAGCAGGCAAGUUACGUAUGGCAAAAGAAGGAAUGGGAUCCUUAAGAAAGCCCAGGAAAUAUCAGUGUUAUGUGACAUUGAUAUCAUUCUUCUCAUGUUUUCUCCAACGGGGAAGCCUUCUAUAUUUCGUGGACAGCGCAGCAACAUUGAUGAAAUGAUUGCAAAAUAUGCUCAACUUACACCAAAAGAAAGGGCAAAAAGGAGGUUGGAGAGUCUUGAAACUUUGAAGAGAAACUUCAAGAAAGUUGACCAGGAUGUGGAUAUAGAAGAGUUUCUUGAUGCAAGCAGUCCAUCAGUAGAGGAAAUGCAAAACCGAGUAAUGGUGCUGCAGUCUCAACUUACUGAAGUACAUAAAAGACUAAGCUGGUGGACUAAUCCCGACAAAAUUGAGGACAUUGAGCAUCUCAAUCAGAUGGAAAAUUCACUUAGGGAAUCCCUGAAUAGGAUGCGGCUGCAUAAGGUAAGUGAUGGAUGGCUGACCGAAUGUGCUAAUAGUUGGAGGAAUAUGAAACAACAAUCAUAUGUUGGAUGGAAUAAAUUGCUCAAUGGUUUGAAUAGUUCUUUUGGACUAAUCCCAAUUAUUUCAUUUGAUUGCACAAGCCAGUCCCAAAAUGGCAUGCAUUUUCCAAUAAUGGCAUCCAAUGAUCCAGAUUGCCAAACACAGACGUGGCAUCCAGGUGGUGUGAGGGAACAUAUGAUACUACCAAAUGAACCCCAUUUCUUGACUAGUAGAGAUAUGGAGUGCUCCAGAGAUAUGUCCUUUCCUAGCUGUUCUGGUUUCUUUGGAAAUGUGAAAAAUCAAGAUAUCGACAAAGCAAUACCACAGAAAAAUGACAGACAAGAUGAUGGCAUUACUAUCGAUGAUUACGCCGGCUCAUCUUUCUUGAGACUCCCUCUUGCCGAACAAUAUCCCUUUCAUACAUUUGGAAACUUUAGUUUUCCAGAUAUGAUAGAGCCUGGAAGAGACGCAAAUUUUCAACCGGCCCCUAUAGACUAUCAGAUAAACGGCAAUUUCGAACUUCCAAGAUCUGUUUACAACAGUUUGGUUCCUCCAGCUGCUUCCUGUGCCAUUUCUAUCUUUAAUGACAACUCCUACCCACAGCCACCAAAUCAGUUCAAUGCUUAAGUCAAAGCUCAUCAACUCAUUGGCGCUCAAGACAAUCCGAAGAUCAAUACUUUAAAGAUGGCUCAAAACAGAUAGCUUACUCAACCGCAAACGACUGCCCAAACAAAGAGAUCUGCUGUUCUUUACAUCACAAGAUAAUAAGAAGUUGCUGUGGUAUAGCCAGGCAUCGUUGUUUGCCGUUCUCCUUGCCUAAUUUUAGUUCAGCAGUACUCAAAUAUCCUAUAUAUAUAGAUAUGAAUGUAUGCCCCAAACCAGGGUGAGAAAUGAACAGUAAGAACUUGAAAAACUAUGGAAAAAAUAUAUAUAUAUUGUAACAAUAAUAAUUACUAAGUUGUUUGAAUGAAAGAUAUGCUUGUUCUCCUGAA